UUGGAUUCGGCUAUUGCUACUGCUCAGACGAGAUUUCUUAAAGCCAAAAACCGUACGAAUAUCUUGAGACCACGAAAUCCAGCCGCACAUCGGAAAUAUAUUAAAAUCACGGGGAGAUAUUCCCGAUUUAAGGAUAGAUGCCCUGUUCUAAGGUAUUCGUAUGGUUUUUUGCUCUCAGGAGAUCCGGGCUCACUACUGUUUCGCUUUUUUUAUUUCUUUGAAAUGUUAUUCCUCUGAGACUGGUGCGGCUUCGGAUUCAUUCCAGUCCACCGACGUGCCCAUAACCUUCAUACUGUUUCUGUGUCUCUUCUUUACCUGUCUUCAACUCUCAACCCAGAUAAAACACCUGACUUAUCAUCCUCCCAGCUCCCAAUUCCAAACCAGAGGAGACAAAGUCAGACAGGCAGACAGAAGGAGAACGCUUUCUUUCUUUCCUUUUUUUGUUUCCUUCUUUUCUUCUGAAAAAUCCUUUGGGUCUUUCACCUUUGAGGCGUGGUUUUUGAUUCCCAAGUGAACGUUUGCAUUGUGGCUGAAGAAGGGAGAGCAGAAUGUAUUGGGAGAAUCAAUAAAAGUAAAUCGGCUUUAUUGGAAUGGUUCCAGAAAAAGAGAUCACUUUGCGUUCAUCUUCUUCUCCUCCUCUUGUUGGGCUUCCUUUCAUUUUUAGCGGUGUUGAGUCUAUUUGCCUCCCAGAAAAGAGGAGCUCCCUGCAAUAUGGUUGUAACUUAGGGGAACUCGAAUUUUCAAUAUAAUUAUGGGUUUUUGCACUUAUUGCCAUUGUUUCUGAGCUUCAAGAACAGAGUUGUUUCGAAUGUGAAGUAGAUUUUGAUUCUUGCUGUAGUGCAGAAGUAGGAGACCAAGUUCCCGUUCUCCACCAUGGAAACCAUGCCUUCCUUUUCUCCACUCUCUGUCCCUCAACCUCAAGAGGCCUCCACUUAUGAUGAACUGUCCAUGCAGCAGAGCUUGCUUUUCUCAGACAGUCUCAAGGAUUUGAAGAAUCUCAGAGCACAGUUGUACUCUGCAGCAGAGUAUUUCGAGUUAUCUUAUACAAAUGAUGACCAAAAACAGAUAGUGGUGGAAACCUUGAAAGAUUAUGCUAUUAAAGCUCUCGUCAAUACUGUAGACCAUUUGGGUUCUAUGACAUAUAAAGUUAAUGGUCUCUUGGAUGAGAAGGUUGAGGAAGUUUCGGGAACAGAACUUCGGGUAUCUUGUAUAGAACAGCGACUAAGGUCGUGCCAAGCAUAUAUUGACCAUCAGGGGCUGGCACAACAAUCAUUGGUGAUAACAACUCCAAAGUACCAUAAGCGGUACAUCCUGCCAGUUGGGGAGACCAUGCGUGGCUUAGGCCACCCUGUAACAAAAUAUCAAGGGUACAAUCUAGAAAAUGAAGAUGGUUGGCAUAAAUUUAAGAAUGCUGUACGAACAUCCAUUCGAGAAACCUCAAAAUCUUGUAUUAGAAGAGGGCGUUCUCCGUCACCUUCUCCACGGCCUUCCUUGCGACCUGGAAUGUUUUCCUUUACAGAAAAAAGGACAGUCUCCCCAUAUCGUUCUUCAUUUCCACUUUUACGUUCUGAAUCUGUCUCAAGUAGGCCUGGUACACCAGUCUCACAUAGGCCGACCACUCCGAACCCUUCUAAUGCAAGACGGCGGUACCCUUCAGAGCCUCAGAAAUCUGCUUCAUUGCGUCUCCAUUCUGAAAAGGAAAAUCCAAAAGACGCAGAACAGUAUCCCAGCAAAAGUAAACGUCUACUUAAAGCAUUGCUCAGCAGGCGCAAAUCAAAGAAAGAUGAUACAUUGUAUACUUACCUGAAUGAGUACUAAGAAGCAGAUUCACAAACAAGAGAGGGAGGGGAACAGAGAAAUGCUCAAUGAUAUGCUUUCCUAUUUUCCUCGUCAUUUUCUUUUCACUCCAAUUUGUGGUUGUACCUAUCUCUGUUUUACAGGUGGAUAAUGUUUUCAUUUACCUCGAUGCUUGUUUUUCUAUCCCAAUGAAUGUAUUUUCCAGUUGCAACUUGCAAGUAUAUAUUAAAUUGCUCAUACUACGUAAAUCCUACAAUUUUCAUUCAUCUAACAAUGGUGUAUUUACGACCCAUAUUUUGGUUCA